ACUUCACAAGAGAAGAAGCGUUUAAUCUAUGUACCCAAAGAAUCCGUGAGAGCAACAUUGUUCGAAAUUGUUUGAAUGUUUUGAAACCUGACGACAUUGACAACAGCGUGAAGGAUUGUGCGUUGGAUGUGGCGGCAAGCGGUGCGACUUUUUGGAUAGAUCCCAUCCUGAAAUCACUGAGUGAAGCAUGCAAGCUCCACUAUUUGCUGAGCGUCCCUGUCAACGAGUCCUUGCCCAAACCGAUUCUUGAAGAUCUGUGCACCAUCAAUUGUGGGGAACAUGGAAAGUGUAAUCUUGGCCGAUGUGUUUGCGAUGAAGGUUUUGCUGGCGAAGCUUGUGACAUCUCAGUCGACACCGUACCGAGUGUUGCCAUGACAACCUCCCUAUGGGACCUACAGGAUUCGUCACGUGGUGGCGUGACGAUCACCGGAAGUGGAUUCUUUAACUCCAGUCUUAUCACAUGUUUCCUUACGUACCAGGUGUAUAACUCUGUGCAGCUGACGUCACUUCCGGCGGUGUAUGACAGUGACGUCGUUGUCUACUGCCCCAUCCCAAUCAACGGCAACUUGAGCAUCCAAAUCGCCAACGACGGCAGGAGAGGUAGUGUCGGCAGUGCCGAGGUCUAUUCUUACAAUUCCAGCUGCCAGGAUUGUUCACAGAAUCCAGGGAGUGAUGUCCGCUGUUCCACCAAAGAAAAGAAGUGCAUGAUUAAAGACGCGUGUUUUGACGAAGCUGACCUUGACCCUGGGGACAGUUGUUAUGUUUGUGCAAGCAAAGUGAGCACUGCAACUUGGACCAGGAAGCUAGAUGAAAGCUGUAGACAGACUAAUGUCUGGGUGUUCAUUUGGCCUUCACUCCUCGGGAUUUUUCUCUUGCUUGGAACCUUCUCAGUCGUUUUUCUUGUGAGGAAAUACCAAAAAAGUGGCACUUACGACCUCGGCAAGGUGCAGGCCAAGUUUGAGAUGGGCGUGUUCACAAUAACACACUCGGCUCAAACCCAGAGUCUCCAAGGCCUGGAUUCUUCUCUGGAGGUCUGUGUUGAGGGUCCAUACACCAGCACAGUAGGACAAACAACAGCCACAACAACCAAUGACCGCAUGAGUCUAACUAUUGUGCUACCAGCGGUCAGCGGUCAAAGCCAGCGUAUGCUCAUAGCAGGGGUCAAAUUAAGGGUUCGCACAUAG